UUCAUUGAUUUCUCAAUUCAUCCCUUAUAGGAUAUAAGAGUACAAAAGACAAACUUAACUAACACAGUAAAAAAACAUUAAAAUAACAUUUAAAUGGACAGCCAAUCAGAAUGAGAGAUUUGAAUUAUAUAUAAGACAGGACUGAUGUUGACCUUGACUGAACAUUGCUCAUAUAAUCCUAUCUCAGAUACGACAGAUGUCAUUCUACUUGGCUACAAGCAGUGGACAAACGGCAAAAUCAGCCACAUCUCAACAAGACAAAGGAGUAGCACUAGCAGAUCCUCUCCCUGUUCAGGCAAAUGAGGAAAAGGUGGAUGUGCUAACAAGAAACAGGAAAUCAGAAGGUAGCGAGAGUGAUGAAAUUGAUGAUAGUGAUGACAGUGCUCCUAUAAGAAAGAAGAGAUCAGAAGGUAGCGAGAGUGAUGAAAGUGACGACAGUGAGAGUGAUGAAAGUGACGAAAGUGAUGGUAGUGACAAUGCAAGAAAGAGGAGAUCAGAGAGUAGCGAGAGUGAUGAAAGUGACGACAGCGAGAGUGAUGAAAGUGACGAAAGUGAUGACAGUGAUGGAAGUGACAAUGCAAGAAAGAGGAGAUCAGAGAGUAGCGAGAGUGCUGAAAGUGAAGAAAGUGAAGAUAGUGAUGAGAUCGAGAAACAGCAAAAUCAGAUACAUCUCAGCAAGACUAAAAGGCAAUUACCAAAACCAAAAUGA